AUGAUUAAUCUGGCGAUCGCGGACCUCAUGAUGGGCAUAUACCUACUGAUCAUAGCGGUGGUGGACGUGCAUACAGUGGGCCAGUAUUUCAAUUACGCCAUUGAUUGGCAACACGGUAUAGGCUGUAAGAUCGCGGGCUUCAUAACGGUGUUCGCGUCCGAACUGUCCAUCUUUACGCUGACUGUCAUAACCCUCGAGCGAUGGUUUGCCAUCACAUUCGCCAUACAAUUAAAUAAACGGCUGAAGUUGGGGCUGGCCGUCAAAGUGAUGAUAGGGGGCUGGCUGUACGCCCUGCUCAUGGCCUCACUGCCGCUCGUGGGCAUCAGCACCUACUCCAAGACCAGCAUAUGCCUGCCCAUGGAGAACAAACAGGGUGGCGAUGUCGCCUAUUUGAUCGCCUUGCUCACCAUUAAUGGGUUGGCGUUUGUGCUCAUAUGUGCCUGUUAUGCCAAGACCAGAAAUCACUACAUUCUGCACUCAUUGAUCACACAAUUGAAUGCCUGUCCCCAUCCCAUCCCUGUCCCCCACACACAGAUGUACUGCUCGAUCAUCAGCCAACAGACGAGGGCCACAGUGAACGACAUGACAAUCGCCAAACGGAUGGCACUACUCGUGUUCACGGACUUUGUCUGUUGGGCGCCGAUAGCUUUUUUCGGGCUGACAGCGAUCGCCGGAUUUCCCCUCAUCGACGUGCCAAAGAGCAAGUUCCUUUUAGUCACGUUCUACCCGUUGAACUCCUGCGCCAACCCGUUCCUGUACGCCAUACUCACCAAACAAUACCGGCGCGACUUCUUCAUACUGGUCUCCCGGUACGGCUUCUGCACCAAAAGGGCGAUGAAGUAUAAAAACGCCUCAAGUCAUGGCCAGAUCCGGGUGCAGACAAUCCGCAGCAAUAAUGGUAAUGUCAUAACGGCGUCAAUAUUGAGUCAAGCGUCGUGUGAGGGACACCAUCAUCAUCACCAUAACCACGUCCAUGGGGGACACCAUCACCACUCGAAACACCAUUAUAAUUAUGUGUGCAGUCGCGGGCACCGACACCACCACUGCUGCCCCAUCGCCAGCGAUGAUAACUCCGGGCGCAGCGUCCAGAGUGUGAUAUAUCCCGACUGUUCCAGCGGUCGCUCCAAUAAUAGCCACUCCAACGACUCGACCCACGAGAUCGUGAGGAUCACCCAUAAGAGCAACGGUCUGUCCAAUAGUGACUCGUCGUCCAAGAAUAAGAAGAAUAAUAAAAAGGAUAAUAAGCGAAGAAAGCAUUCGUUGGAAUUCAUGUCCUCGGAGGACGACGAGAGCACCAGUAGUGCGCAGCACAGGUCCACCUCAUCUCCAUAUCCCCACCGCCGGAGCGACACUAAACUCAACCGAUUGCCGAGCGUUGAGCAGAAGGAAAUCCUGGCCCGAGUGCUGCAAAAGGACGGCAACAACGGCACCCGUAGCCACAAAAACAACAGGUGCUGCCUGAGCACCUGUACCCUCUCGAAGUCCAGUAUGUGCGGCUCGCGGCUCAAGAUGUGCUCCAAUUGCGUCCAAAGGGACAGUUCGUCGGGCGAGAAGUCGGUUGUGGACUACGACUCGCAGCUGUUGCGGUGGACCACGAAAACUACCGGCGCUACGACCGUAUCCGGCGGUACGAUAGGGUCGGGCAAGUCGUGCCCCCUGUGCUGUUCGGCGCCGGCCGUCAAUACAUGUACCCCUCUGUGCGCUACCGACGCCCCACUGGCCUUCAGCUGCGAAAACGCCAGUUAUGUAGUGAGCAGUCAUUCCAAUAGCGUUAAUGAAGACACAGAGAUCUAG